AUGUCUUUACCAAUUAAAGCUUUUAUUGCUUCCACUCCAAAUUCUUAUAAGUUAUCAAUAUUUCUUGAAUUAUUGAAAUUGAAGUAUGAAGUUGUUCCUGUAGACCUUCUGAAAAACGAUCAGAAACAACCAUGGUUCUUAAAGGUCAAUCCAAACGGUAAAGUCCCAACCUUACACGAUGAAACCAAUGACAUUAAAUUAGGUGAGAGUGGUGCUAUUCUUUUAUAUUUAGCUGAUACUUAUGACAAAGAAAGGAAGUAUAGUUAUGCUCCAGGCACCAAAGAAUAUUACAAAAUGAUUGAAGCUGCUUUCUUCCAAGUCGGAGGUAUUGGCCCAGCUGUUGGUCAAAGUAUUCAUUUCAAACUUAUCGCUCAAGAAAAGAAUCCUAUGGCCAUUGAGAGAUUCCAUAUUGAAAUCAAGAGAUUAUUAACGGUAUUGGAGGAAUAUUUGAAACGUAAUAAAGAAGAAUACAAUUCUGAAUAUUUGGCUGGUUCUCAUCUUUCCAUUGCUGAUAUUGUUCAUAUAGGAUUUAUUCCAUACUUAAAAGUUUGUGAUGUUCCUUUAAAUGAUUUCCCUGGGGUGUUAAAAUGGGCUCAACAUGUUUUGGAACAUCCUGAAAUAAGAAAAGGUUUCACCAUCCCUAGAAAAAGUACUCUCUGGGAUGAUAAUUUGGCUUCUCUUGAUUAG